AUGACAGAGUUUCAAAAAACUCUUUUUGUCAUUUUUGCCCUAAUUUAUGUAGUACCGAAUUUUGUUUCCGGUGCGGAAAAUGAAGAAGAUUCCUCCACAGAUUUGUACGUAAUUGAGGGGAAAGUUUUUCCGUGGGAAAAUGCAGGAUAUUCCGGAUGGCAACUUAUGACCCACGUCAUGGCAAAUGGAGGAGAACAUUAUGGAUUUUUGAGAGAGGACGGAACUUUUGUAAUUUCGAACGUGCCUUCUGGUUCCUACGUCGUGGAAGUUGUGAAUCCAAAUUACCUGUACGAACCAGUUCGCGUAGAAAUUAAUUCCAAAGGCAAAUUCCGAGCCCGAAAAGUGAAUUUAAUUCAAACUUCACAAGUGAUUCAAGUUCCCUAUCCUUUGAAAAUGAGGCCUUUUACGCCCUUCAAAUAUUUCCAGGUCCGAGAAGAAUGGAAAGUCACUGAUAUAUUCUUCAAUCCAAUGAUUCUGAUGAUGAUUUUGCCAAUGUUCCUGAUUAUGCUUAUUCCAAAACUGUUGAGCGAUCCAAAAACCAGAAAGGAAAUAGAAGAACUGAACAACCUGACGCACUACAAAAUGCCGGAAGUGUCGGAAAUGAUAAGUUCCUACCUUGCAGGUGGUGAAAAGCCAAAAGCAAAGACAGUGAAAACUGUCAAGAAAAGGCAGUGAUUUGAAAAUCUAGUUGACUAUUAAAAAAAAAAAUCGCGGAGAAAUCACAGACUUUUGCAAUUUUUAAUCAUACAUUAUACGCGCACGAUAAUUAUUUAAAAAUUUAACGCGAAUUUAAACUGUAAAUAUUGUCGAGUUUACUAGAUAGAUUUGUACAUCAAUUUUCUAGAAUUAAUUUAAUUUCGUGGCAAUUUUCUUCAAUGAAUUCUGCAAUUAUAAAGUCAAUUUUGUCAAUUGUGUGAAUUGUUGGUGAAUUUUGUAUAUUUAAUUUUUAAUUAU